GAAUAUAAACAAAAACGUCAAUUUGACAUGUUUAUACUUUGAUUUAAAACUUUUUUCUUAUUCCGAAGAAUCAUCAUGAGUUCAGGUAAAAUCAUCGUAACGUUUCAAAAAUACCUUAAAUUCACCCUGCAAAAAUCGAAAAAUAUCAUACAAAUAUCCUCCCCGAUUAUAAAACGGAAUUAUCAUCAUGGGAGUUCCUUUUGGGCAUCGGUUGAAAUGGGCCCCCCAGACCCCGUUUAUGGAUUAACCGAAGCUUACCGAGCUUGUAAAAACCCGAAAAAAGUUAAUUUGAGCAUCGGAACGUAUCAAGACGACAACGGAAAACCCUACGUAUUACCUUGCGUUCGAAAAGCUGAGAAACUCCUAGAUUCGAUGCGUCUAAACAAAGAUUAUUGCGUCCCGGAAGGGGAAGAGCAGUAUCGGGAGAAAGCGCAACAAAUAAUUUUAGGGAGAGAUUCCCCUCAUAUCAAGAAUAAAUUAACGGCUGCCACACAAACGGUUUCACGAACGGGGGCUUGUCGAUUAGCGUUCGAUUUUAUCGGAUUAUUUUAUACCGGGACUAAAAAGCUUUUUGUCCCAAAACCAACGUGGGGGAAUCAUCUGCAAGUUGCGAGACAUGCAGGGUUGUCUUUUGAUUAUUACCGAUAUUAUGAUUAUAAAACGUUUGGGUUAGAUUAUAAAGGGUUAAUGGAGGAUGUUUCGAGAAUUCCCGACCAAGGAAUUAUUUUAUUUCACGGUUGUGCCCAUAACCCAACGGGAGUUGACCCAUCGAGGAGUCAAUGGGAGGAAAUGUCUGAUUUAGUUCGAAAGAAACGAUUAUUGGUGCUAUUUGAUUUAGCUUAUCAGGGAUUUGCUUCCGGGCACUUUGAAGUUGAUUCAUUUGCUGUGAGGCGAUUUGUGGAGGAUGGAAAUAAUUGUAUGAUUGUGCAAAGUUUUUGUAAGAAUAUGGGGUUGUACGGUGAUCGCCCAGGGGGGUUAAUAAUCAUUACAAAGAAGAAGGAAAUAGCUGAGAAGGUGCAAUCGCAACUAAGAAACCUUACGAUUCCUAUGUAUUUAACACCCCCGAUUCACGGGGCGCGGAUAGCCCAAAAAAUUUUGAGUGAUAGCGGAUUAAGAGAUGAAUGGAAGCGAGAAUUUAAGUUAAUAGCGGAUCGGAUAAUUUCAAUCCGAAGAAUACUACGGAGCAAAUUGAUUAAGGAGGGUUCGAUUCGAAAUUGGGACCACAUCGUUCAUCAAAACGGGAUGUUUUGUUUCACAGGGUUAACUAAAUCACAGGUGAAAAAAUUACAAACCGAGCAUAGCAUUUAUAUGAGUGAGUCUGGAAGGAUAUCCGUUGGACAAUUAAACACGAAAAACGUCGAUUAUGUGGCCCAUGCAAUCCAUUUAAUCACCCGAUAUAUCAAAUGAUUGUAUAUUUAUUACAAAAUUUCAAUAAAGAUUUAUUUACUUAC